UUUGCCCCACCGCGUAGCCAAUCCCAACAUCAACCAACCAACGCAUCCUCCUCACUCUUUUUCACACAGCACCCCUCUCCCCAAAGUUCUAUUUCACAUCCUCCUCAGAAAAAUUCCCAGAUCCCAUCUUCUCAAAUCUCUCACUCACUCCCUCACAAUAUUCCCAAUUCUCUCAGCAUCAGCAUCAAUCCCAUGGGUGUGAGCAACAAACUCACAGCGCUGCUCAACUUCGUAGCCCUCCUCAGCUCAAUUGUCAUAAUUGGUGCAGGCUUCUGGCUUUCCUCAAAGGCAGACAACCAGUGUACCCACUACUUCAGAUGGCCAGUCCUCAUCCUGGGCAUUCUGCUUUUGCUAGUCUCUCUGUGUGGCUUCGUCGGUGCUUUCUGGAACAAGAAAGGGUUCUUGGUCUUCUACCUCUUCUGUAUGGCACUGCUUAUAAUCCUCAUCCUUAUACUCCUGGUGUUUGCCUUCGUGGUGACAAGGCCUGAUGGUAGCUACUCUGUGCCUGGGAGAGCGUACAAAGAGUACAGGCUUGGUGGGUUCUCUUCUUGGUUGAGGGACCAUCUGACAGAUUCUGGGAAUUGGGGAAAGAUCAGGAGUUGUAUUGCUGAGUCUGAUGUUUGUAUGAAGUUGGAUCAGGAGUACGUGACUGCUGAUCAGUUCUUUGCUGCUCAUAUCUCCCCUCUUGAGUCUGGGUGCUGCAAGCCACCAACGGUGUGUGGCUACACAUACACGAACCCAACAAUGUGGAUGAACCCGGUGAACCCCAAUGCAGACCCAGAUUGCUUCCUGUGGAGCAAUGACCAGACCCAACUCUGUUACAAUUGCAAUUCAUGCAAGGCUGGUCUCCUGGGCAACCUGAGGAGUGAAUGGAGGAAGGCCAAUGUCAUCCUAAUUGUCGCCGUGGUCAUCCUCAUCUGGGUUUACCUCAUCGCCUGCUGCGCCCUCCGGAAUGUGCAGACUGAAGAGCUCUUCCAACGCUACAAGAUGUAGUUAUGGAGUACUGUGUUGUAUAUUCUUGAUCCUUUUCUGUCUAGAGUAUACAAGCCAGAGCAGAAAAUAAGCCAAGGAUUGAUUUCGACCGAGUCUGAAUUUUGCCCUGGAUAAUGUAAAGCAAGAAAUAGUGGCAUGCCAAUCGCGCAAGCUCUUAGUUUUACUGCCACAUGCUAACGUUUCAUGUCUGAACUCUACCAUGGUUCUGUCUAUAAAAUCUAUGCAAAUGC